CUCGUUCACUGAUGCGAUUUAAUACCAGUUGCUGUUUGUCGAAAUUAUUCUUAAACGAUGGAUAAUGAUGCUCUUCUUUAUCAUUGUUGUUCUUAUAAUAUUUAACCAAUCCAACUGGUUGAAAUAUCGUCUAUAUAAAGAAAUAUGAUGAGUUAGUUGCAUUUGAGAUCUCAACAUACGAUGACACUCUUCAUAGCUACGUUUCUGAUUCUAUUUGUCAAUUUGGCGAUUGCAUCGCCAAUACCGCAAAUAAACGAAAGUUGGAUUAACUUUAACGAUUUUGAAGUAAAUUUUAAUGAAGACGGAUUUGGAUUCAAUGUUAAUAUCAAACACAAUGACAUUUAUAAUGUGUGGAAAGUGGAGGAGUUUGAAGAAAGACUGCGUCUCAGAGGCUGGUAUAACAAAGCUAUUGACUUCAUUCUCAUCCUGGACAUUCCAUCAGCAGCAGCAAAAGGGGGAACAGGUAAAGCAUUACCAGUUGUAAUGAAAGAUGAUAAAAAUCUUUCGGGAUGUGCAUUGAAAUCAUGUGCUGGUUAACCACUGAAUACUAAGUACAUAAUCAAUAGGCUUGCAAUAUUUAAUGGAAUUGUAGGGCAAAUUCGUAAAAUUGAUCACUUUUGAUGUAGAAUGUUUGAAUUGAAAAUUUGAUUAAAAACUUUCAUCAUAUAAUUGUGCAUAAUAAUUUGUUUAACUUGGUCAAAAUUAAAAACCAUUUUUAAGAGUGCUGCGGUUAAAGACAUUAAGAUCCAACUUAUUAAAGAUAGGAAGGGUUUCAUUGCCAUAUAUUUUGCGAAUUUAAGAAUGCUUUAUUUACAUACUUUGUUGGCAAUUGGUGAAUUUAUAAUUUUAUCAACGAUCAUUCAGUAUGUGAAAUGUCAAUAACGAAAGAGCUCGUUUAAUAUUAAACCGAUUGACAAAAUUUGAAUAAAAUUUGUUUAUUAUUUCAGAGGAAUGUUGAAGUUAGAUUUAAAGUUAAUAUACAAGUUUAUAUAUUGAGCAAAAUGUGCACAUAAUAGACUUGAACGAGUUUAAUAAUGAAACCAUUAUUUUGAUAACACAUUUUUAAACGCGUUCUUUCAUGCUUUUGUGCAUUUAACUUUCUAUGAAAUUAUUUAAAAAAAAAACUGUAAGCUUUGCAAUAAAUUUCUUUACAAAGCGGAAAUGAAUUGACGAC